AUGGCCGACAGACCGAAUCCCCCAUUAAGCUACGAGGCAUCAGCCACCACCACCCAUCCUCACGUCGGCUCAUCAUUGCUACCUGAAGUAGUAGCCUGUCUGAAGAACUCUCGAUACCUCCAUCUCGCAACAUCCGACGGCCUCACCCCCCACGUCUCGCUCAUGUCCUACACCUACCUUUCCUCCACGCCCUUCGACGCCUACCCCGUGAUUAUUAUGACCACAAACCCCUCCUCUAAAAAGACUCUCAACCUUUCCGCGAACCCGCGUGUGUCGUUGCUGGUGCACGACUGGGUGUCGCAUCGACCACCCACCCGCGCACCCAACGGCCGAGACGGCUCUCCACCACCCGCCGCAACCCGCUCUUCUUUGGCAAACCUACUCUUGAAUCUAAAUACAAGCGCGCUGUCGAGUAUAUCAACUACCAUCACGGGCAGCGCACGAUUCCUCGAGGUGGGCUCGGAAGAGGAGAAAUGGUGCAAAACCCAACAUCUGGAGAAUAAUACAUUCGUAGCUGCGCCUGGAGAAGAGAUUCCGUUUGGGCAGCUGCGAAGAGGCAGUGGAGUUGCCGAGACGCCUAUGAUUGAUGACGAUAGCCGGGUGGUGAUUGUGCAGGUGCGAGAGGGAAGGAUUGCGGAUUGGAAGGGUGGUGUGAGGGAUUGGCAGUUGGUUCGGGAGGCGCCGCAGAUCAACGGAGUAUAA